CGCAGGCGCCGGCGGAUGAGUCGCUGCCUGCUCCGUGCCCGCCCGCGCCGCGGAGCCUCCGCGCCUCCUCUGGCGGCGGCGGUUCCGGUAGGGACGGAAGGCGGCGCGGCCCGCUGCUGGCGGAGCCGCCUGAGGCCCCGGCACCAGGAAAUUAUUUCAAGAUGCCUGGGGGUUCAGUGAUUUCGUUCAACUGUGUGGAUUCUUCUCUAUCGUCUCUGAAAAACUGCCAGUCAUACAUAAACACUGGGAUGGAUAUUGCUACGAAUGUUGCUCUUGACCUUGUGGAAAAUUGCAAUGAUGUAGAGGAGGUUAACAGUAUGGAAAGUGUGAUGUUAGAAUAUGCUGCAAUGGACAGAGAGCUAAACCAUUAUAUGCAAGCAGUUGAAGCUACGGCACAUCAGAUAAAACAAGACAAACAAGAAAAUAUACCAGAUCUAAAAGAUUUAGUAAAAAAAAAAUUCACUGCAUUGGAAAGCAAAAACGAUGACUCAGAUUUGCAAAGAAAUGAAAAAUAUAUACAUUUUAUGGAACAGCUUAAAAGAAUGAGAAAACAGUUUGGUCUCCGGUCAGAUACUGAUGCAAAUGAGUCCAUUGAACAAAUAGAUGAAGAUAUAGCAGUGACUCAAAGUCAGAUGAACUUUACUUGUCCCAUCACCCAGGUGGAAAUGCAGAAGCCAGUUCGAAAUAAAGUCUGUGGCCAUACCUACGAAGAAGAAGCCAUUUUAAAAAUUAUCCAGUGUCGAGAACAGCAAAAGAAAAAGGCAUGCUGCCCUAAAAUUGGCUGUAGCCAUUUAGAUGUUAAGAGAUCAGAUCUUGUGCCAGAUGAAGCACUUAAAAGAGCGAUUGACAGUCAGAAUAAACAAACCCGAGCAAUGCCGUAGAAGUCAGCUGGACACUGUUACCACCAAGAAAAUUUGUUAUUGGAGGUCUUGUGAGAUAAGCUGCUGAUUGUAAGCAGGUUGUGUAACUGAUUGUUAUUUGAAGGCAAAGUUGAAGGUGUCAGCUAUAACUGAAAGCAUUUCUUAGACUGCCAAGUGUGAAGCAUUCCAGUUUAACUGGUUUGUUUUUCUUCCUGAACCUCUAAAAUGUAGCAUUUUAUAAAUAAAAUGUAUGUGCAAAAUGUAA